AUUCCGCGCAGCUUUUCAGAGGGUGGCAUGGCUUAAAAAACAGCAAAACAGAGGGGUUUUUGUGGUUUGCAAAUUAUUAAAAUAGGUCAAGCGAUUUAAUAAGCAAGAGCUGCCUGUUUUCUUUUCAUCGUAUCUAGACUAAUCGACAACUACUGGUAAUUUGCAGGAUUUGAACGUUUGUUAGCAUGAUACAUCUAGAUGUGUAUAUUGUCUGUUUUGUUUUUAGCAAUAACAUCAAGCUAACAAACACAUCUGCUCACAUAAAAGAUUGAUUUAAAGGUGAAAAGUAGUUCAGUUUAUUUCCCGGUAGUCUUAAGUUUAAAAAAAGACGGGAUGCCAGUGCAUUCGAGAGAAAAGAAGGAGAGCAACCGUGAAGAGAUGGAGGUGGAUUUCGCAGAGCAAGAGGGGAGCAGCUCAGAAGAUGAGGAUACAGAGAGCUCUUCUGUCUCUGAAGAUGGGGAAAGUUCAGAAAUGGAUGAUGAGGACUGUGAAAGAAGAAGGGUGGAAUGCAUUGACGAAAUGACAAAUCUAGAAAAACAGUUCACUGACCUCAAAGACCAGUUAUAUAAAGAGAGACUGAGUCAAAUGGAUACCAAACUUCAGGAAGUGAUGUCGGGAAAGGCACCAGAGUACCUGGAACCCCUUGCAUAUCUUCAGGAGAACAUGCAGAUUAGAACUAAAAUUGCAGGUAUCUACAGAGAGUUGUGCUUGGAAUCAGUGAAAAAUAAAUGCGACUGUGAAACCCAAGCAGCGUUCCAGCACUGGGAGAGUGAAAAACUGUUAUUAUUUGAUACGGUGCAAAGUGAACUAGAGGAGAAGAUCAGACGUUUGGAGGAAGACCGUCACAGUAUAGAUAUUACUUCAGAGCUCUGGACCGAUGAGUUACAAUCAAGAAAAAAUAAGAAGAAAGAUCCCUUCAGUCCAGACAAAAAGAAAAAGCCUGUCGUUGUGUCCGGACCAUAUAUAGUUUACAUGCUGCAAGACCUGGAUAUACUGGAAGACUGGACUGCUAUUAGAAAGGCCAUGGCAACAUUAGGACCUCAUAGAGUAAAGACCGAUGGUAAGAUCAUAUCUAUUAGCUACUGUGUUUAA